UGAAAUAUAUAUAUAUAUCUAUAUAUAUAUAUAUAUAGCUAGGAAUAAUGAAUCAGCUCACCUGCCCUUCACUCCAAUGUCUUUUUUUUAUUUGGCUUAAUUAAUCAUAACAGUUUACUUUCCUCCACCUAAUCUCAUGAGUGUAUAUAUUUAUAUAUGCAUUUCUUCUUUUCUUUUCAUAAUUCUUGUUUUUUAAUACUGCAUAUUUGUGUACCAACAAAUCCAUUUAAUUUUUUUUUCCAAUUAUAAUUAUACAAGCACCACACCCACUCCAUAUCUUGUGGUGGGUCAUCUGCUUUUAUUCACUCAAUAAUUCUAUUUUGGCAUUAUGGACAGAUUUUUUUUUUCUCUUAUUUUCUUUAGAUUUUUACAAUUUAAAGUUUUUAUUAGUGCAUUAAUUUAAGAAGCAGAAAACAAAAACUUUCUUUCUAGAAAUACAACCAUUUGUUGAAAUGCCCAUUUGGCCUUUUGACUCUGUUAAGACCACUGUAUCAGAAAGAAAAGCUUUUGUUUCUAAAAAAGAAAAUUAUUAUUAUGAUGAUGAUGAUGAGGCCUGAGAAUAACCGCUCUUCCUCUUCCUCUUCCUCUUGUUCUUCCAAUAUUGGCUUUCUUAAAAAUGUACUCAACAUGUCACCAAGGCUGUCUUCCUUCUUUAAUCACCCACCUUUGGAUACCAUUUCAUCAUCUUCCCUGGCUACACCUAAGUCAUCUACAGCGGAACUGGAGAAGGAAAUAAGCAUACUUGAGCUUCAGAUUUUGAACUUGGAACGCCAUCUUCUGUCUCUUUACCGGGCAGCCUUUGAUGACAAAGUCUCAACCUUGUCAAAUACUCCAACUAGUAGUACUUGUAGUACUAGAGCUACCCCUGCACCUGGUGCUUGGACAACAAGCCCAUGUAAUCAGAGCAAUCUCAAUAACCAAAAAGCCACACCUACUAAAAGGGACCAUAAAGUUUCAGGACACCGCAGCCUAGCUGAUCACCUUGGCGGUUCUUGCCUUAGUGCUGCUCCUGAUAGACUUUCCCAAGACAUAGUGAGAUGCAUCUCUUCCAUUUACUGCAAACUGGUCACUCCUACUUCUUCUACUCGGCCUCAAGCCCCGGCUAUGGCUGUGUUGUCUGCCUCAUAUUCCUCAUCCUCCUCCACCUCCUCCACAUUGUUUUCUUCCAAAAGUGGUUGUGAUAGUUGGAGUCCACGACGUCACACAGAGUUGAUGAAUGUAGGUGGAGGACCUUAUGCUUCCAUGAUACAAGUUCUCAAGAUUCGAUUAGAAAACGAUAGUACUUUUAGCUUUGUUUCUAAAAUGUUACAAAAUUUCAGGUCAUUGCUUAAACAUCUUGAGAUGGUUGACCCGAAAAAGAUGAAGCGCGAGGAGAAGCUUGCGUUCUGGAUCAAUAUUCAUAAUGCUCUAGUGAUGCAUGCACACUUGGCUUAUGGGAGUAGCAACCGUGUUAAAAAUUCUUCGGUAUUAAAGGCUGCAUACAAUGUAGGGGGACAUUGCAUAAAUGCUUAUGUGAUACAGAGUUCUAUUUUGGGAAUUCGACCGCAUAACUCGGCUCCAUGGCUACAGACACUGUUUCCAGGAAGAAAAUUGAAGAGUACACGAGGGACAAGACAUGAUUACGCCUUGGAUUACCCGGAACCACUGGUUCAUUUUGCACUCUCUUCAGGAGAUUACUUUGAUCCUGCGGUUCGAGCAUACAAGGCAAAGAGUAUAUUUGGGGAUCUGAAAGUAGCAAAGAAAGAGUUCAUAGAAGCAAGGGUGGAGUUUGAAAUUAGGCAAGGAGAGAAGGAAACAAAGGUGUUGGCGCCGAGAGUGUUGGAGCUGUUUGGGAAGGACAUGUCUCUGAGCGCGGAAGGGUUGUUGGAAGUGAUCCUUGAAAGCGUGGCAGAUGUCCAAAAACCAAAAUGCACCAGCAACUCAACUUUUUAUCUGCAUUCGCUACCAUUACCACCGCACAACUCAACUUUUCGUUAUCUUAUUCAUCCUGAUUUGGCCACCAAUGGAAUAUGCCAUUGAUUAUUCAUUCAUGAUUUUGUACAUAUGGACAUAGACAUGGACAUAAACAUACUCUUUUACAUUCUAUAACACUAAGAGUCAACAAAACAAUGUAUCAUCUAAAUUAAUUUUUUUAAAAAAAAAAUGUUGAAUCUUAUUUU